AUGACCAGCAACGAGCAAUCGAUUUUCUUCGGCCGAGAACGUAAUUGGUUAUCCAAGGCAACAUUUGGACGGCUCAUGGAGCAAUACAUCGCCAACCCCAAGUCAAGCGACAGCAAGACCAUCGCCAAGACCAACAAACCGAAGGCCCACGAUAAGACUUUCAUCAGCAAGGAUAUGUAUGACGACAUGAAAAGAGUUCUUAAGGGUGAAUCUCUUGAACAUCGUUACGACCGCAAUUUUUCUUGGUGGACUCGUAAAGCCUUUGUGUUGAAGACAUUGCCAAGUGGCGAGUCGUUUAUUGUUCGCAAGGAUGAUGGCACCAACAAUGCAAAUAAGACCAUUGCUAUCAAGGAGCAUUUAUACGACAUCAUCACUGAUGCCCAUGAAACAGUGGGUCAUGGUCGCCGUGAUGCCAUGCGUUAUAAGCUCAAUGAGUACCUGUAUUGCCCUACGAGAUUUAUCAACCUUGUGCUUAACCAUUGCAGCACCUGUGCAAUGUCCGUACCAGGAAAUGAGGUUAAGACUGCUGGAAAAGCCCUUCAUGCUGAUGCUUUUAUGACCAGACUUCAGAUGGAUUUAAUUGAUUACGGUGGAUCUCGUACACCAACAGGUGAAAUGCGUUAUAUUUUGCAUGUGAAAGACCACCGCACCAAGUAUGGGUGGGCGUAUCCACUUCCAUCGAAAGAGGCUUACCAUGUUGGUGAACGAUUGCAUGAACUAUUUUGCCAGGUUGGACCACCCAAGGAAUUGCAGAGUGACAAUGGUGGUGAAUUUAAGGAUGUUAAGAUGUUGACGGAUCUCCAAAGCAAGUGGCCAACCACCUUGAUCUAUGGCUCCCCUCGUCAUCCUGAAACUCAAGGCCUUAUCGAACGUGCUAACCGGACACUUAAGAAGAAAUUGUCAGCUUGGGUGCAAGAUCAACGACAAGAUGGCAAUGAUGUUCAUUGGACCGAAGGCCUUUCUCAAGUCGUAUACGGUAUCAACAUCACAUUUUCAAGACCUAUCAAGACCACACCUUACCGCACGGUUUAUGGCCAAGACCCCCACCCUCAUGGUCCAUCCAUAGUACAACACUCCCAAGAUCCAAAUGAUGUGGAUGUUACGCAAGGCGAUACUGAAUGCCAUGAAUCGGACAUCAGCAUGCCCAAUGACGAUGAAAACGAUGCUACCGGCGACCAAGGAACUGUUCAUGCUAUUGACAAUGAUGAUGAUGCAUGCGAUGGGGAGUGCACGAAUGACGAAGAAUGUCGUUCAGGUGAUGCUAGCGAUAUCGAAAUGGAUGCUGCAAGUCCCAUCACUAUGCUACAUGACCAAGAAUGCGAAACAGGUGAUGACCGGGAUACCUAUGUGGAUGAUGCAAGUCCCAUCAUUGUUGAGGAUGAGCACGAAACUCUACCAGACGACAAUGGUGACAAGCAUAUGGAUGAUGCAAAUCUCAUCACUAUUGAGGAUGAUCAUGGUAAAGAAAUGAGCGAGGAUGCAAGCGAUGCGUAUUCGGAUUGGAAUGGCUUUGAUUAUGAGAGCGAUAAUGAAGUACAAGGUUUGUUUUUAAUGGCAAUAUAUGCACACAUUGCCAUACUGUACAUGACCUCGAAGGAUGACCCAACCAUUUAUGACGACUUUGUAAUCGACAUGAAUAUCCCUCAAAGCACUAAAGAUCCAUUGGCAAGUGAUGCUGAAGACUAUGUUGACAUUGUAUACGAUGAUGAGUAUGCUGCAAUGCCUCCCUCGCCUCAUGGCGAUAGCACAAGCGACGCCUACGCUGAUGACUCGGAUGACACCAGCAGUGAAGAAUUGAUGAAUGGCAAUGGUGACAGCUCGAGUCAAGAUGGUUAUGGUUAUUGCACUGGGAAUGAUACGGAAAGUAACCAAGGCACUAAUGUUGAAAGCGAUUCGGAUACCAAUCCUGAAUGUGAAAGUGAAUCCGAUACCCAACGCCAUAUUGAAGCCGAUGAUGGGACAGCUGCAAGUUUUGGAUCUGAACACGAUUUCCGCAAUCGGCAUUUAGCCAUACGCGAAGCUGCUGGGGUGCAUUAUGACAAAAGCGUUCAAACAUCCAAAACUGACAAGGUACCUGAUUACAAGGUUGGCGAUAUCGUUGGCGUGCCAAUUGAAAAGGUUCACCAAUUGAAAAAUGGUGCACGUUUCCUUCCUGCGAUUAUAUACAAGGUAUCCUUUGGGCAAGGUGACUAUCCCCGUUACAAAGUUUGUUGUGCUCAUGGUGCGAUAACACGUUCAUUUCAUGGCCGUGAGAUGCGAAAUUUUGCUGGGAUAACCUUUCAUGAGCUCCAAGGCGUGGAUCAUGCUUUGGUGAAUGAUGCGACUACGCAACUAACAGUGAAGGAGGCUGUUGUACUCAAUGACAAGAAGCUCAAGGAUUCGCUUGCCGAUAAUAGCCCUGCUAUUGAGGAAUGCGACCAAGAUGACAACGAUGCUUUUACCAAUACGAACAAUACCAUCACCCACAUUCAAAACCCAAGACCCCGAACACAAAAGCAAACUUGUAACCUCAAGCCUGUUGCACCCUGCAGGAUUACAAGAGCCAUGACAAGAUUGAAUACUCGCUCUCGUACCCAUGCUCGUCAAAACCCUUAUUGA